CACUGGGAAGGAUGGCUUAAAUUGGAUUUUCAUUCAUUCAUUCAUUCAUUCACUUUCUUUCUUUCUUUCUUCACGUCAGGGAGACGUUCAGAUCAUUUCUGUAUCCACUUUUGUACGUCUGCUGGAUGUGCAAUAGUUUUUUUAACAGUUUUUAACCUUCACUAUUUAUGUCACUUGGACGACAAUAGUGAACGCUAACAAGACGUCUAAAAAGACAUCGCAAAAACUUUCAUUCUGGCUCCUCAGUGGACGUCUUUUGAACGUUCGACAAAGACGUUAAAUUUACGUCUUUUGGACGUGUCUUUGCUCAGUGGGUUCUUUCUUUCUUUCUUUCGAGAAAUUCACAAAGAUCCGUUCGUUUGUUCACUCACAUUUGUCAAGCAAUAAUAAACAAAACAGCCUAAUCAUUUUGACAAUUAAAUAAUUUAUCUAUAGUUUCGUUCAAAUUAAUUUAUUCAAUGUUCUUUUUCUUUCAGCGAUGGCAGUCUCGUGAUGAUAAACCUCAGGCUGACGUUUCCUUCAUUUACAGUAUCUCUGACUGAGUUUUCAUGUUUCUAAGUCGCGCGCAAUUGGCACCUUCUGUUGCAUGUGACUACCUCCAUGAAACCGGGCAUCAAGCUCAAGAUUCCUGUGCCAGUCAAUUUUUAUUGUUACAGCUUUGAAGUGCGCAGGCGCAGACCCGGGGAGCGCGGAGCCUGCAGAACUGCGUGCGCUCUGUGGCUCACUUCCAUCAUUUUAGCUGAAACCCAAAAAUACCCCAGGCUUUAAAUUGCACUUGGCAGGAUGGUUGAACGGGUCGUAAUAAGCCAAGCUAUCAGAACUCUUCAUUAUUGUCAAUUAUGUAAUAGACAAAAAUGAUCCAAUCUCUGAGCAUAAUUCAGUCAAGAGUUUAAAGUGUUCAAGCAAUUUGUUUUUCAUAUACCUCUUGUAUCGUCAUACGCAGCAUGUCAAAAUAAUGAAGCCUUUCACGAGUGCAGCUGUCGAAAUGAUGUAGGUGUUUCUGAGGCUUUGUCUCUGUCCCUCAUUUAUCCAGCUCCUCCCUGUAGGUCUUCUCUUUUGUUUAGGGACAGUGGAGUUCGUUUGAGUUUUGCCAGCCCACUUAGGGCAAUCGAGACGCACAGCUGUGGGCAAACAAAGUCAGCUUUUAUAAGGCUUUAAGAAACCAUCAUAGAAAGUUUUAUAAAAUAUUCACCAUAAAUCCCGACAUCUUCAUUAUUUUGACGUCGAGCAAGCGUAUACUGAUAUCAUCAAGAUUACGCGUAAGACUUUCUUCCUUCUGUUCAUAAAUUAUAACAUUCCACUAGUUACUGUAAGUGUUCAAUUCACUUUUUGCUCACUUCAGAUGACAUUACCUACAUUUACGGUAACUCUGACUGAGUUUUCCUGUUUCUAAAUCGCGCGCAAUUGGCACCAUCUGUUGGAUGAGACUAUCUCCAUGGCAUCGGGCAUCGAGCUCAAGAUUCCUGUGCCAGUCAAUUUUUAUUGUUACAGCUUGCAAGUGCGCAGGCGCAGACCCGGGGAGCGCGGAGCCUGCAGAACUGCGAGCGCUCUGUGGUACAAAGGACCCAUAACAGUCAGGCACGGCGCAGCGUUACCAUGAUCUUCUCCAUCCCACCGAUAGAUUCCCAUCCCGCCUGCAUCACUUUAACGACCAGCUUCCACCAAGUCCGCGAGCCUGACCGACGUUGCCCGGACGCAGAAUGCACGGGGGAAAAAGAGGACUGGUGGCACCACAGAACACUUUUUUGGAAAAUAUUGUUCGUCGCUCAAGUGAGACAAGUUUCUUGUUGGGGAAUGCGCAAAUUGUGGAAUGGCCUAUAGUUUACAGUAAUGACGGAUUCUGCAAACUCUCUGGUUACCACAGGGCAGAGGUCAUGCAGAAGAGCAGCACCUGCAGUUUCAUGUACGGCGAGCUGACAGACAAGAAGACAAUAGACAAAGUCAGACAGACCUUUGAUAACUAUGAAUCCAAUUGCUUUGAAGUGCUGCUGUAUAAGAAGAACAGAACCCCUGUGUGGCUCUACAUGCAGGUGGCCCCCAUCAGGAAUGAGAACGAUAAGGUGGUCCUGUUCCUCUGCACUUUUAAGGAUAUCACUGUCUUCAAGCAGCCCAUUGAAGAUGAGACCACCAGAGGAUGGACCAAGUUUGCAAGGCUAACCAGGGCGUUAACCAAUAGCCGUGGUACACUUCAGCAACUCACGCCUAUGAACAAGACUGAGGUCAGCCACAAGCAUUCACGACUGGCAGAGGCACUUCAGUUGGGCUCUGACAUCCUCCCUCAAUACAAGCAAGAGGCUCCUAAAACUCCACCUCACAUUAUAUUGCACUACUGCACCUUUAAGACCACUUGGGACUGGGUCAUCCUCAUCCUCACCUUCUACACGGCCAUCAUGGUGCCCUAUAAUGUGUCAUUUAAGACCAAACAGAACAACCUGGUAUGGUUGGUACUGGACAGCGUGGUGGAUGUCAUCUUUCUAGUGGAUAUUGUAUUGAACUUUCAUACAACUUUUGUGGGACCUGGAGGAGAGGUCAUAUCUGACCCAAAGCUCAUACGUAUGAACUACUUGAAGACCUGGUUUGUCAUAGACCUGCUGUCUUGCCUGCCCUAUGACAUCAUCAAUGCCUUUGAAAACGUGGAUGAGGAUCCCAUUGCAGACUCUUCUGCGGUGGGCCACAUGCCAGCUGCGGCCCACUCUCCACGCAACGCCACACGUGCGGAGGACUCGGUGUUGCCUGGUCUCAGCAGCCUGUUCAGCUCAUUGAAAGUGGUGCGUUUACUCCGCCUGGGUCGAGUGGCACGCAAACUGGACCACUAUCUGGAAUACGGUGCUGCUGUAUUAGUUUUACUGGUGUGUGUCUUUGGCCUAGUGGCACAUUGGCUGGCCUGCAUCUGGUACAGCAUUGGUGAUUACGAGGUCAUCGAUGAGGCCACCAACAGCAUCAAAACGGACAGCUGGCUUUAUCAGUUAGCUAUCAGUAUUGGCACACCAUACCGCUACAAUGCCAGCGGCUCUGGCCAGUGGGAGGGUGGUCCCAGUAAGCACACGCUCUACAUAUCAUCUCUCUAUUUCACCAUGACAAGUCUCACCACCAUUGGCUUUGGGAACAUUGCACCAACUACAGACGGGGAGAAGAUCUUCUCUGUGGCCAUGAUGAUGGUGGGCUCUCUUCUGUACGCCACUAUCUUUGGAAACGUGACCACCAUCUUUCAGCAGAUGUACACGAACACCAAUCGCUACCAUGAGAUGCUGAACAAUGUGAGAGACUUCCUGAAGCUCUAUCAGGUGCCUAAAGGACUGAGCGAGAGAGUUAUGGACUACAUUGUGUCCACAUGGGCCAUGACCAAAGGCAUAGACACAGAGAAGGUUCUGUCCAUCUGUCCUAAGGACAUGCGUGCAGACAUCUGUGUGCACCUGAACCGCCAGGUUUUCAACGAGCACCCUGCCUUCCGGCUGGCCAGUGACGGCUGUCUGCGUUCUUUGGCGGUAGAGUUCCAGACCACACACUGCGCUCCAGGAGAUCUCAUUUUCCACGCAGGGGAGAGUGUGGACACUCUUUGCUUCGUGGUGUCUGGAUCGCUGGAGGUCAUUCAGGAUGAUGAGGUUAUUGCCAUUUUAGGUAAGGGCGAUGUGUUUGGAGACGUGUUUUGGAAGGAAUCCACGCUGGCACACGCCUGUGCUAAUGUGAGGGCUCUGACAUACUGCGACCUGCAUGUCAUCAGGAGGGAUGCGUUACUCAAAGUGCUGGAGUUCUACACAGCCUUCGCCAACUCCUUCUCCCGAAACCUCAUCCUCACCUGCAACCUCCGCAAGCGGAUUGUUUUUCGCAAGAUUGUUGAUGUGAAGAAAGAGGAAGAAGAGAGGAGACACCAGAAAAACGAGGUGACCUUGUCCAUCCCCGUGGACCAUCCUGUCCGCAAACUUUUCCAAAAAUUUAAGCAGCAGAAGGAGAUGCGUACGCAAGGUUCAUCCCAGCAUGACCUGGAAAGGAACCAAUUUCAGGUGGAACAUCACCUCCAUCCACUGUCCCACCAGCUUCAUCAGCAGCAAUAUCAGUCCCAGUACCAGGGCCACCAUCCCCUUCAACACCAACAUGUGACCACCAUGCAAAACGGGGCCCCUGGCUCAGGAAACGGGAACAGUGGUUCUAGCGUUGUAACAGUCUCACAGAUAACCCCAAUCCAGAACGCUCUAGCCUACGUUCAGACCGAGGAACCCAACAGGAGUGAAGACCAUGAGGCUAUGGAGCUCAAGCCCAGCUUUGGCAUAGAGGACUCGAAUUGUCUAAAAGUAACAAGUCCCGUGAGACCCAGAGGAGGAAGGGGACGAGGCUGGAUGCGAUUCCAUAACAUUGCAUCAGGAUCAUCGCCCAUGCUUUCACUGGAACUAGAGAAGAAGCCGCAGCAGAAGGAAGAGGAGUGGGGGGAUGUGUCCCAGCCCCUGAAUGUCAUCUCAGGGAAUGGGAAGAGCCAGGAAGCAGAGGGUGGGGGAUCUGAUGAAAGGGGUCCUGGUGGAAAUGGUAAUAGUAGUGAUGAGACUGAUGAGAAUACUGCACUACACAAGACUGAUUCUUGCGACAGCGGAAUAACAAAGAGUGACUUGCGUAUUGACCGGGUAGGUGAUUCACGGAGCCUGUACGAUAGGGCCUCGAUGGAAAGGAGCCCAUACGAUCAGCCCAGUCCCGGAGUGGGUAACGUGACCCUUCGGGGGAUUCAAUUUCAGCCUGUCCCUGAACAGGCUGUGCUUCAAAACAGCCUGUAUGAGGCAAAGCUGGAACUAAAAGGUGACAUCCAGACGUUAAAUAGCCGGCUAGCAGCUCUGGAGGACCAGGUGGGGGAGAUUUUGAGACUUCUGUCGGAGAAGAGGAAACCUUCCCCACCUCCUCAGACCUCCUCGCCAAAAACUACACUUCAGUGCCAGGACAUCUUUGCCCUUUCUCAGCCUGUCACUCCAGAGACGGAGGGGGACGAUGGACCCCUUUGAAUUAGGAGAAAUAUAUUUAGAUAUUGAUAUGCUGUUUUUAUUUAUCACUUCCCUUCCUCUUACUCAGGAAGGAAAUGUGAAUAUUGAUGAUUAGGGGAAGGAUCCUUGCUGUUGUAAAUAUAUACUUGCAUGUCCAGCUGGAAUCUGGCCUGCCAAUGAAAUCUUCUCUAUGGAUAGUAGUUGCUUGAACACGUACGGAAUCGGCUGCAUGCGGAGAUGAUUUUAUUCUGACAUUGCACACAGGAUCUUCUAACCAGGUGAUAUUUCAGGGCAUUUUCUCUUUGAGUGACAGCUUGAUGCCCCAGAUGUGGGAUCUUGGGUUGCUGUAAGGCAGAAUCAGGCUUGUUUAAUACCUCCAUCGGUCAUUCUUAAUUGUGAAAUGGCUAUUAAUAGCUACAAUCAUUUAAAGGAAUAGUUCACCCAAAAAUGAAAAUUCUGCCAUCGUUUAAUCACCCUCAUGUCGCUCCAAAGCACAAAAGAAGACAUUUUGAAUAUUUUGAAUAACAUCUCUUUUUUUUCUAUACAGGAUUUCUUUUUUCUCACUGUUUGAGUACUUGGUACUUUCAAAGCAAAGAAUGUGUAAUGAUCCAUAAUGAAUUUACUUCCAAUUAAGGGUGGGAAUCUAUAGGCACCUCACAAUCCGAUCUGAUUCCAAUUCUGGGAGUCAUGAUCCGAUUCCAAAAAAAUCUACAUUUUCUUAAUUAAUUGCUAAUUAAUUUAACUGCUUAUGUGAUAGAGUCAUACACAACUGCUUUCCGCAAGUGCUCUUCACAAAGCCCACAUGAACAUUUGAAAGCAGCCAUCAGUAAGUGAGUUUCGUUUAUUGAAUAUGUAGGCCUAUUGCGUUCCAAAAUAUAGACUUUCAUUGUAUGGACAAAAAAAAAAAAAAAAAAACACUAAACAUUUUUCAAGAUUUUGUAUAUGACAAAAGAAAGAAAGUCAUACAGAUUUGAAAUUACAUCAGGGUGAGUAAAUGAUGACAGAACUUUAAUUUUUAGGUGAACUAUCUCUUUAACCCAGUAUGCAGUUCUCCUUUAUAAGCAUAAUGAUUGGAAGUUUGUGAGAUUGUUUGCAUAGAUGAUUUCUUGGAUGUGUUUAAGGAGAUAAUCCAAUAACUAAACUCACUUUUGAUAUGCGAAACCCAUUUCAUUACCACCGCUGUUUCAAAUUCCAUUAUCAUUAUUAUUUUGUGGAAUGUUAUAAUAGAGAGAAAUGACUUAGCCCAGUUUUUGGGGAGCUGCUUUACAUGUUUUAGAGAGAUAUAUCUGCAUGCUGGAUGGAUUUAGCUCUGGCAUGGUAGGACUAGGGACUAAUUGUUUUUCCCUUAUCAAUUAUGCAAACAUACAAAGUGCAAGUCACAAAGGGGGCCUGCAUUUUGGGAAAGCAUGAACACAUUCAGGUCAUUUGGAAAUUGUACAAGCAUGCAUUGAAUUCUUUGCAUGACAUCAACAUUGUGUGUUUCAUAUAAAAGGUCAUGGAUCCCUGGUAUUGUUUCCCAAUAGAUAUCAAUAUAUACUACCCGCAAUUAAUUUCAGUCCAGAUGCAUAUUUCAAAACGUUCACAUUUUAAUGCAGUACCCAGAUUAAAUCCACACUAAACUGCCUACUAAGGUGUUGUUUUUGAAAGUACCUAAUGGAUGGUCAUUUGAAAGUGCUGUGGGGAACCUUCCUAAUAUUAUGUUAUUAUAUUCACAGGCAGUGACUCACUGCAUAUCAGCAUAAAGGGUGCUUUAGAGGGAUUAUAGCGUAAUGACUAAUGCUCCUUCACCUCUUAUUUCCCAUCAGUUCUGUUGUAAUGUUAUUAGUCCAUUCUGGUGAUGUUCAUACUAACACAAGGGAUGUUCAGUUAUGAAUGGGGAUCAGAAGAGAAACUAUUAAGAUUAAUACUACAACAACAGGAGUGUGGUUGUAUUAAUUUUACUGUUACUGCCUAUAGAUCCUUUAAAAUGAAAUGUUCUGUCUUAAAGCAAUCCACAAACAAGCAACAGUCCUUCAACGGUACUUCAAAGCAAUAGCCUUUAUUGUAUAUCCCUCUACUUAUUCCCUAAUUUGGUUUUGUCUUUGAUAAACACAUGCUCAUCACUGUAAGUGCUCAGAUAAUAAUAUUAGUUCACUACUAAUCUUUUUGUUUAAUCAUCAUUUCAGAGGUUAUGAUGUUCAUUGGGACCAAAGACAUUAGUACUUUUGUACUAAUAAUAUUACAUCAGUGUCCUGCUGAAAUUACCAAUCUCAUUAUUACUUGUCACCAGUGGAUGGUGAUAAAAGCCUUAUUAGGUUUACAGAUAUGUAAAUGACCCUCAGCAUCACUGUUCCGCUACUUAAGCAAAAUAAACAUUUGAAAGAUGACGAUAUUCAGAGAAAUAUCAUUUACUGGUUGUAGUAUUUCCAAACCCCAUGAUUUGAAUUGUUGAGAAUUGUUUUAAGGGAUAGUUCACUAAAAAAAAAAAAAAAAAAAAAUCAUCAUUUUAUCACCAUUUCAUUCCAAACCUGUAUGAAUUUCUUUCUUUAGAGGAACACAAAAUGAGAAAUGUUGAUGUACUGGUGAAUUUUACAUUUUAGUUGUGUUUUUUUGUAACUUGACAGCUUGGAUUCCCAUUAACUUAAAUUAUAUGGAAAAGAGGUGCUAGUACAUUCUUUAACAUAUCACCUUUUGCCAUAUAAGUCAUAUUGGUUUUAAUGAUAUGAGAGUGAGUAAAGGAUGACAGAAUUUUCAUCUUCGGGUAAACUUUUCAAGCUGACAACUUUUUGAAGCAUGAAAAUAUUAAUAACAAUUACACCUUGUCUACACCGGACGUGACAGUUGCUGCGCCGUGCCACAACAGCUUGAGGCUAUCUAGGGGUGGGUGAUAUGACCAAAAUCUUAUAUUACGAUAUGAGUCAUUUUAUAUCAUAACGAUAUAUCACAAUAUAGUUAUUUUUGCUUUAAAAAAAGCAAAAAUAACUAUUUUUUUUUAAUAUAAAUUUUUUUCAUACCAUUAUUUCAUACCAUUGAAAUUACAUAAUUCUUAUCACCAUUUUCAAUAUCAUUUAAAAAGUGAAUACUAGCCUUAAAAAAACUCUCAAGCUUACUGAAGACAAGUAAACAGUGUUAAAGAAAGAGA